ACAAAGAAAAGUCCGCCGUGGACUUGAUAUUCCACAGUGCCAUCGACAGUUUGUCCGAUGAGGACAAGAAGCUGCCACAAGUUCAAAUUAUCCUCCCUGUGCUUCGACGUGGUGUCGGCAUUCAUCAUGGCGGUUUGCUGCCUAUUUUGAAGGAGAUUGUGGAAAUCCUCUUCUCGGAAGGCCUCAUCAAAGUCCUCUUCGCAACCGAAACCUUUGCUAUGGGUCUGAACAUGCCAGCAAGGACGGUUCUGUUUACCAGUACACGAAAAUUUGAUGGCCAGACAUUUCGGAUCCUCUCCUCCGGAGAAUACAUUCAGAUGUCAGGCCGAGCCGGACGUCGGGGCAAAGACGAUCGUGGAACUGUGAUUCUGAUGCUGGACAAUCGCAUCUCACCGUCGGAGGCAAGGCAGCUGCUGUUAGGCGAACCUGAUCGACUGGAUUCCUCUUUCUACCUGACGAAUAACAUGGUCUUAAAUUUGCUCCGAGUGGAGGAUGUGAAUCCGGAGAUAUUGCUAGAAAAAUGCUUUUACCAAUUCCAAAACCGUUCUAAACUGCCUUCGUUGGACAAGCGUAUCCGAACGCUGGAGGACGAGGCACGAGGUAUCCAACUGCCUCCCGAUGUUGACCUGGAUCAGUUGGGCUCUUGUGUGAAGCUGCGUGAAGCGUUGGCAGCGGCGGAGCGGGAACGAUGGUCAUUAGUGAUGAAAGCCAAAUGCGUUAUCUCCUUCUUGCAACCGGGACGAGUUGUGCGCGUUCGUACACUGGACGAUGUAGAUUAUGGAUGGGGAGUGGUGGUUAACAUCAAUUCGGCGCGCACACGAGACUCCGGCAAGUCCACCGAGUCAAAUGAGGUCUCAACCAUCAUGGUAGAGUGCUUGCUCCAAGUGUCUUCGAUGAGCCUGUUAUGUGGAACUGCUGGAGAUGGUUCAUCCAAAAAUGCUAGAUCCAUUCCCUUGUCUAUGGUGGAGCCAAUCAAUCCAGAUUUCGAGCUCCCCGAAGAUGACGACGAAAGCACCAGGGCGAACGCAGUUCGCCUGAUCUCAGUUCCAAUCUCUUGCUUGGCCGAGCUGUCCAGCGUGUGUUUAACAGUUUCGAGUAUCAUCGGUAGUCACCUCGGCAAGGCCGCCGUCAUAGCUCGUCGUUUGGCCGCGCAACCCGAUUCUGUGCUCAGGCACCUGUGGGAAGGAAUUGGGCGAGCGAGGGACAAGCUUGGUGGCUCAAUCCCCUUGCUGGAUCCCGUGAAGGACAUGCAGAUCAGAGACAAGCGGCUGACUAAAUGCAAAGAGAUGAUCCACAUGCUAGAGGCCAGACUCGCUCUCAACCCGUUAACGAAACGGUUAGAUAUCGACCAGCUAGUAGACCUAUACACCCGUCGUUCUUCG